CGGUCAUCUUCAUGAGCACUAUGGCCGAGAGACAUUCCAAUGCCCUUACAGGGCUAUCCCCCAGUCUCCUUUUGAACCUGAUGGCGCAGAUGCAGCCCGAAGACAUCAUCUCGUUACGACAGACCUGUAAGACGCUGCAGGCGGCCACAAACCACCGUGCUGCGUGGACUGCUGCUCUUGAGCGCACCGGCUUUGCCAACAAGAUUUUUGGUCCGACCUUCGAUGUCUCGUCCAUGUCUCUCGAGGCGCUUGAGCGCGCGGCGACCGCGCCGUUCAGAUUCUUCCGGCUCCUCACCCGCAAAGGGCGCAUUGGUGAAGACAUAGAAGAAUUCGAGGACAGGAUGGAUCGUCUCUACGGUGAAAUCCUUGGAGGGAAGAUGCCCAGGUACUCACCACUGGAGAGCGAAAAGGAGAUGACGCCGUUCCGUACGCACAGGCUUCGGCUCCCUCCUCUCCCAGCUGAGCUGGCCGCAAUGCUUGCGAACCAGCCAGUAAUGCCGCAGCCGACCAACACACGAAAGCCCUCGAAGAAGGGCAAAGCGCCGCCGCCUGCGCCGUCGAAGGAGGACGAGUUUCGCAACGUCUUGCUGAUCCCAGGCGGUAGAUUCCUGCUUACUUGCUCGCGACUCUUCAUCCACAUCUGGGACCUCAAGGGCGCUUCGAGCAAAGUCCCCCUCUUUUCGAUGCAGAUUAAAGACAUCCUUGGCUUGUCAGCCCACCCGGAAGCGCUCAACUACACCUUCGAACUUAAGGAGUGCACCAGGACGUCGCAAGCGAACUCGUUCCGGUUCAUCGCAGCGAUGACCCCGCUUCCGUCUUUGGGUCGCCCGCAAGUGAAGAAGCUGCAUCCGAAAUCCGUCCUUCAUGUUCUCGAGGCUACCUUUCCCUCCAGCGGAGGGGUGGAGGUUCGCGUGGUUCGCCGCUUAGGUUACGACGCUGAAGACACCCCUCGCAUCCACAUCGUGUCGGACGCGGUCGUCGCCUUCAGUGCGAAAAAGGUCGUCGCUCUCUGGAACUUCACCAACAACACUGCCGCCGCUUGGGAAGCCUUCGACUCGAACACAGUGAUCGGGAUGCACCUCACCCCCACCCACAUCCUCACGAUCACAGAGAUGGGCGACCUGGCCAUCAACCGGUGGCCGGCAUUCGCGCCCUGCCCGCCCAACGCGCUCCCAACGUUCGUCGAGCCGAAGUGCGACUACUACCUCAGCAUCUACCGCGGUGACAUCUCCGCCACGUACGCCGCCCCGCGCCCCUGGUUCUACGAGCCGCACGCCUCGCCGACCUUUGACUCCUUCGGCGACGAGAGAAUCUCGCGGUGGACGCUGGAGUGCAUCGUGAGCAACUACGGCAAGAAGACGACGCUGCCGCCGAUCAUGCCCGCCGUGCACGGGGUGGUGAAGACCAAGGGCUUUAGUCUGGAAGGAGAGAACUUUGAAGGCCGCGUCUGCGCGACGUACUCGCCGAGUGUGGAUGGGAGCCAUGUCGUGCUGCCGUACGAUCAGGGAGGGGUGAUUGGGUAUGCGGCGUAUGCGUUCGAGGAUACGGGGGACGAUGCGGGGGCGAACAAGCCGCUGGCGUACGGUACACUUACUCCGGAGGACGGGACGGGCGCCGGGUCGCGGCUGAAGAUGACGACCUCCGACAGCUUCUCGCUUUGUCCGGCCAGCGGGAGGCUAUGUCGCAUCGAGCCAGGAGGCAAGCAUAUCACGGUUCUCGAUUACCUCAAACCGGCCCCGAUUGUCCUGCCCGCUGGUACCAAACCAGACGUUCCGACACUGCGACGGCUAAUCAACCAAAGCACUUGAUGCCGUAUCAUUGUCAAGUGUACUUCCAAGCCAAUUUUAUUUGCUCUAUACAUCGGUAGUGCCAUGAGUGCCUCCUAUUCUGUUGUACAUUGUCUCCUUCAGGCAUGAACCACACAAUCCAGUAAGUAGCCUGUUCCUGUACGUGUAUGUACACUCGAAACUCUUAUACUCGCAUAAGUA